CGAGGCCCUCGGGCUUUCCUCCCGCUCGGCGAGUGUGAAAACUCGGAAAACGGGGGUGCAUGGCCCUUCACCUCAUGGAGUAACGGUCACCGAGGAAGAAAAACAGCCAAAGCUGAGCAUAAUUCGAGGUGACGUGCGUUGUAGCCACGGGUGUUAUGGAGGCACUGCGUAGAGUUGUCGCUCCAAACGCGGUGCCCGGCGAGCUCGUCUCUCCCGCGGCCGGCCGGCCGCCCCCCUUGCGCGGCCCGCCUUUAUGCCGUUGGGAUCUUUCCCCUCUGUGUACCGCGUGUCGGCGCCUCCGCCUCCAGCAUUUGCUACCCCGCGCGGACUCUCUCUCCGCCUCCGAACCGUUAGGGCACUUGAUACCGCUGCCCUACAACUCGCCCUUGAAACUGCAUAAGACCGUUCACAAAGCAGAAGUGGGUUUCCUGGUAAUACAUUUCAUCCAAAAAUGACAACAGAAUCAAAGAAAGCUACAGCUCAGAAACUUCAGGAGAAUGAAGGACUUCUGAUAGUGAAGAUAGAGGAGGAAGAUUCUGUCUGGAGGCAGGACACUUGCCUCCAGAGAAGCGAUCCCCUCAGGCAGGAGCUCUGCCGGCAGCUUUUCAGGCAGUUCUGCUACCAGGAUUCCCUUGGACCCCGAGAGGCGCUGAGCCGGCUCCGGGAGCUCUGCCAUCAGUGGCUACAGCCCGAGACCCACAGCAAGGAGCAGAUCCUGGAGCUGCUGGUGCUGGAGCAGUUCCUGACCAUCCUGCCCGAGGAGCUGCAGGCCUGGGUACAGGAACAUGACCCAGAGAGUGGAGAGGAGGUGGUUACCAUACUGGAAGAUUUGGAGAGAGGCACUGAUGAAGCAGUAGUCCAGGUUCCAGUCCAUGCACAUGGACAAGAGAUAUUCAGGAGAAAGGUGGUACCUCCUGGACCAGCACUUAGUGUCCAGUUGCAGCCAGUGGACCCCAAGACCCUUCAUGGUUCUUCAGCACCCCUUCUGGACGGUGAUAAUGAGAGUGAAAACAAUGGAUCCAUGCCAAAGUUGGACAUUUAUGAAGAAAUGGAAUCACAGAGGAUUCUAUCAAGAAGAAUUUCAGGAUUCAUGUCAGAAGGAUCUGCUGAACCUCAAGACAUCUGUAAGUCUGCAGGCAGAUUAAAGAGGCAAUGGGAAAAAGAAUCAGGAGGGUCUCAGAGACCAUCAUCUGCUCCGGAUGGAGGUUUUAGUAAAAUCCUUACCCACAAAAAUACACUGACAGGUGACAUUAGCCAUGAUGGUUGUGAGAGAAGCUUAAACCUGAAUUCAAGUGAAUUGACACACCAGAAAUCUUGUAAACACAGUACCUAUGACCAAAGUUUCAAAUGGAAUCCAGAAUUUAUUAAGCAUCAAAGAAUUUAUGCCGGAGAAAAAAUUCACCAAUAUGGAACAUCUCUCAAGAGCCCAAAUCUUAUUAAACAUGCAGCAAUUUUUAGUGGGGAGAAAACCCACCAGUGUAAUGAGUGUGGGAAAGCUUUCAGACACAGCUCAAAGCUAAUCAGGCAUCAGAGAAUCCACACUGGAGAGAGGCCCUAUGAAUGUAAUGAAUGUGGGAAAGGCUUUGGGGGGAGCUCAGAUCUUAUUAGACACCAGAGAAUUCACACUGGGGAAAGACCCUUUGAGUGCAAAGAAUGUGGGAGAGCAUUCAGCCUGAACUCACAUCUUAUCCUGCAUCAGAGAAUUCACACCAGAGAGAAACCCUAUGAAUGUAGAGAAUGUGGGAAAACCUUCAGAGUGAGCUCACACCUCAUUCGACACCUGAGAAUCCACACUGGAGAGAAACCCUAUAAAUGCAGUGAGUGCGGGAGAGCCUUCAGUCAGAGUUCACACCUUCGUCAACACCAAAGAAUUCACAAGAGGGAAAACCUGUUAAUGUAAAGAACUUAAAUUUUUAUGGAAAUGCGAAAGAAAUAGCAACAUGAAAAAUACUGAAUAAAAAAUAU